AUGUUUUCUGUAGCUCUCGUGUUUGGCCUUACCGCCACUGCCGCCUCCGCAGGACCACUACUUACUCCCCGAAUCGACAUCACAUGUCCCAUAGUACUAGAAGGGCGCGUGGCCAGCUCGACAGCCCUGUCAGACUUCGACUCGUACUCAACAAGCAUCUUCAACCCCGACUACGUUCGGGGAAGCCAGCCAUGGUCACAGAUCCUAGUCUUUUCCAAUACGACUAAUUCCCGCUUCGAAAAUGCGAGCUACAAGUCUAUCGAAGUUACUAUCAGCGACCAGUCGAUCUUCCAGUCACAGAACGGGUUCCGGCGUGCCGGCCUCCAGAUCAAUGGCGAUACGAAUACAGGCGGACCGGGCUCUAAGGGCGUAAAGACUCUGCAUUGGAGCGUAAAGCAGGAUUCGUCAAGGCCGCUGAACUUGACGCAUGAGUAUUUGAAUGUUUGGCACGAGCGUGCAGACUACAAUGGGAACCAGUUCAACUUCCAGACGGGCACGGUCAUUGGGCAAUCAUAUGCGAAGGACACGUUCAAGAUCCUGGACCGCCAGAAUGUCUUGGUCUGGUCGACGCCCAUUGAUGCCACUGCGUGGCAAAAUUUUGCCGUUACAUUGGACUUUGAUAAGAACACCCUGCAGGUGUACUACUCCGAGGGGGAUGCAGCGCUCGCUGCUGUCACAAACGUCCUAACCAAUGAUAACUCGGGCGAAGGCCAAUAUCAGUUUGGGAUCUUGAAGAAGCCUACUGGUACUAGUGAUGUUGUCAACUCCGGUUACCAAGAAAAAGGUAUACUCGAGGGGCAGAUUUAUGGCGGCAUUUUCCUUGAGGAUAGUGCUGACGGAUGUAUUUCUCUUUGA